GUUGUUUUGCGGCCUUUAAAAGUGCACUUUUUGGUUGGGUGCAACGGUCAUGACCACAUUCGGUGCAAAGCUUGAACAUUUGCUAUGCUCCAGAGCUGAAAUUAUCAGCCGGAUGCACAGACCGCCUCCAGCUGAGGGAAAUGAUUUAGAAAGACUUCUGAAUUUACCUCCUGGGAAUAAUCCAGCCUCUCAUGCUCCUCCACCUAAUGCUCCUGUAUGGCCAGAUGAACAAGCUGCAGCAUUUUGUGCUGUAGCUCCGCCUAUUGAAACGUUUAUGGAUGUUCCAGAUGAAAUUCGUCGAGAUCAAUUUUAUGCCACCUGUCGACGAGAUGAUAUAUUGGUGGGUGCAGUCAGUGUUGUUCAAGACUCUGGCCUUGUGAUCACUAUUUUGGCCUAUGAUCAAGGACCACGGCGUGAUUUUGAGGGACUUAAGAUAACGGGCUUCUGUCCACUCAGACAACUUCCACGAUACAACGCACAUGGAAAUGCGUUGGAUGCCUUUCAGAUUGGGGAUAAAGUUCGUGCAUUCAUUCUUGAUAUUCAUGGUGGUGGACGCUUAAUUCUGAGCAUGAAUUCAAAGAUGCUUAAUCGAGAGAUUUACGGGGAUCUCAAAUUGGGUAUCAUAACUGACGACGAUUUGCCAUUGUAUUACAAAAAACUUCAAAAUUUAGAUGGAAAAUCCUAUGAGGCAUAUCUUGAAUCAACUCCACAAUUUCGUAAUCCAGAUGGUCUACAAGUCCUGUGCGCUCGUAUGGGGAUACCGAGGUCUUCAGCUUGUAGUCUAUUAUUUUGUAUUAAUAAAAUUCGUUUACCGAAAUCUGAAAUGGCUUGCGAACUUAGAAGAACACAACUUUUAAAUUUCUCAAUGAAGCAUGUUGCUCAGGGUGUAAAGUAUUUCAAAGACAGUCGGAAUACUGAAGCUUUACAAUGUUACAAUUUCGCUAUCGAAGUUGAACCUACCAACCCAGAUGCAUAUGUGGCUCGUGGUGCUCUUUAUGCAUCAAUCGGGACAUACACAAAAGCUGUUGAAGAUUUAGAGAAAAGUCUUGAAAUUCAACCGAAUCAUGUCAAUGCGAAAAAUUAUCUUGGACAAACACUGGUUGCAUAUGCUGGCGAGAUCGGACGUAAAGAGAUCGGUAAAGCAGAACAACUGUUAAAUCGAGCGCUCAAAUUAGAUCCUGAUAAUGUUGAAGCCAGAGACGCCCUGAAGGAACUACAGACAAAUGGAUCUUUAUCAUCGAAUAAAGAUGCUGGUUUGAGAACCUGGUCACGCAGUCCAUCUCCACGUGGUAGUGCUGUUGGUUCAUCACGAAAUGUAGCCGGUGGUACUAGACGUGAUCCAUCACCUCUUUCUCCAGUUGGUAGUAUUACACGUCCAAGUGGAGGAGGCGGCGGUGGUGGUUAUGCAACUCACAUGGAACGUAGUCGGGCUGCAUUGGAACAACUUGUUGAAAAAGAUCGAAGUCGACGAGCUGCUGCCUCUACCAAAGAAGGCGGUGGUCGUCAAAAUCAUACUUUAUCAGAUCAUAGUCCUCCAGGAUUCUAUUCUCCAAAUCGUUCUCAUGACCAUCGACGAAGGGGUGGAGGUGAUUAUUCACGUGAUGAUAUAAAAUCUACCGGUGGAGGAGGAGAAAAGGGUGGUGAUAAAUCAGACAAAUCAAACGUGGAUCAUCAUCGUGGUGACUUGUCCAAAAUUGUUAUUACACGUGUCGAGUCUGGACGUAUUAUACGCUGUAAAGAUGACGAUGAAAUGGGUGAGGACUCGAACAGAUCGGAUAACUAUUGGAAGCGCUCCUAUGAUGAUGAUCGGCAUGGUCCGGAUAAUGCAAAACGAAGUCGAGUUGAAGCAGAGCCAGAAUAUCGCAGUACUCGAAGAGUGUUUACUCCCCCACGGAAUGCCCGUGAAGGCGAACAUGGUUCUCUUACUGUUUAUGAUAAUGAAAAUGAUCUUCCAAUGACGUCGAAAUGCCUACAAGAACGUGUUAUGCAACGUGUACGUGUUAUCGAAAGACGUCACCAGAUGGAAGAUGGAAGUAAUCCGGCUGGUGGAGCAGAUGCUGGUUCAUCAGCGAAUGGCCCCGGUGUGGUUGGCGCUGGUGGGUCGGAAAAGCGUCGUGAAAGUUCACUGACCACAGAUGAUGCUGGGCUUCCGCCAUCGGAUUCGCCUAAAGGAAGAGGUGGAGAUGGCGAUCGUGGUUCAUUAUGGCGUAGUGGUGGGAAUGGUCCGUCGGGUGGUGGUUCUUCUGCAGAUCGUCGAUCAGGUGGUUCAUUCCAACGUCCAGAAUAUCGUGGAAGUGGGGCUGGUGGUGGUUAUUAUGGCAGAAAUCGACCUCGAGGCGGUGCCGGAGGAGGGUCUAGAUGGCGUGGCCAGUAUGAUGAUUAUCGUGUACGUCGGAAUAAUUGGCACAAUCAUCGCUAUGAUGAACGUAGACGUGAUGCAUCAGGUCGAGCUGGAAGUGCCAGCAAUUUCGACCGUCGUCGGAAGCGUUACGGUGCAUCUGGAUCAGCUGAGCGUUCACCUAGAUCAUCUCGUUCCCAUUCAAGGUCACGUUCACAUGUGUCAAAGAGUCGAUCCCGAUCAUACUCACGUAGUCCUCGAUCUUCUUCACCAUCCCCGUCACCAAUCCGCCCUGUUAAUCGUGGACGUGUCAUAUCUCGUGCUCGUAUAAAAACACCUCCAUUGGCACCCCUCGUAACCAACUUUAAACGUAGUGAAUCAGACGAGAAUCUUGCUGAAUUAGAUCAGUUUGUUGCCCAGUUGAGAGCUAAACGUCAGCUACAACAACAGUUUCAACAACAACAAUAUAUGGCUCAAUUUCAAGAGAUGCAAGGUCCAAUUGUAAACACUCCAGCUGUAGCACCAACAGCCCCUUCAUCACAGCAUCUACCAUCCGCAGCAGAAUAUGGCCAACAGUACCAGUCGCAGGCGUCUGCACAGAAUAACACCAGUCCACUAAAAAUCACCUAUCGUCAAAGUGAAGCAGAACAGCAAGAAAAUAGAGGAGGAGAACAUGGGGGGGCCUCACAAAAUGACUACAACAAUGGCGGUGGGCAUGACUCCCCAAUGCAAGAAGAUUCCCCAGAACCUCCACAAGCUCAAUCACCACCACCUCCUAUCAUGGAGAAUAAUGAAGACUACUCGAUGAAAGGCGGCGAAGAUGAUGGCAAUAUACCAGUAGAAAAUGCAGCAGCCUAGUGUGUUUGUUGAUUGUUCUUUGUUGCUGUUGUUGUUCUUCUAAUAUGGUUAGUUGGUUUGUUUGUGUUUAAUAUUGUGUAGAAUUGUUCAUCAGUCAGUCAAUCAAUCGGUCGAUCAAUGAAUAAAUUUAAUCACUGUAUUUUUCUGCAUCCCUAUUCCACCAAAAAGAGGUGAAAAAUUGAAUUUCCGAAU